CUGUACAGCGCAACUGAGUAAAUAUAAGAGUUUGAGCCUUGUGUUAAUUCAAGCUACUGUUUCCUGCUCAAAACCAGGAACAGUACUGUAUCGCGGUAAGUAGAGACAGACACAACAACAAGACAAGAUGAGACGCUGUUGCGGGCUUGUGACACUGAGAAAUGAACCAGUGCCUCUAAAGGGGAUCUCUGUGCAGUUAAAGGUCCAAGGCUUUGUAGCGGAUGUCUGUUCCACUCUCAGCUAUGAGAACUCCGAGUCCAGCCCGGUGGAGGCUGUCUUCGUGUUUCCCAUGGAGGAGGACUCCUCGGUCUACGACUUCCACGCCGAGAUCGGGGGGGUCAAAAUCCAAGCUGAGAUCCAAGAGAAACAGGAGGCGCGUGACACCUAUGACGACGCCUUGAGCAGCGGACAGCAAGCCUUCCUAUUGGAGGAGAGCGAUGAGAGCCGGGAUGUGUUCAGACUGAGCGUGGGCAGUCUGCCUGCGGGACAGAAAGCAACCGUCUGUCUGUCCUAUGUGACGGAGCUGGCUGUGGAGGCGGACGGGGCUCUGAGAUACUGCCUGCCUGCCAUCCUGAACCCCCGAUACACCCCUGCUGGCGCUCAGUCCCUGACCACUCCAGUGUCCGGAGCCUCUGGAGAGUCGGUGCCCUACUCUCUGUCUUUCAGUGCCCACCUCGCCUCUCCCAGUGGAGUCGCCCAGGUGAAAUCCAACUGCGACCUCACGCCUCUGGAGUAUCUCGGAGACGACAAGACCCAGGCCCAGGUCUCUCUGUCUCCAGGUCACAAGUUUGAUCGGGAUGUGGAGCUGCUGGUGUACUACAGCCACCCCCACCAGCCCACCGCUAUUGUGGAGGGGGGGCUAGCCUCGGCCACGCCUGGCUCAUUGAUGGGGGACCCGCUGGUGAUGGUCAGUCUGUACCCAGAAUUCAUUGCGGCUGCGUCGACGCCCCAGUCCAGCUAUGGAGAGUUCAUCUUCCUGGUGGAUCGCUCGGGCAGUAUGGGAUGUCCAAUGAGCAACGAGAAAGCAGAGCCAAUGCGCAUUCAAAGCGCACAGGACACUCUGCUGCUUCUCCUCAAGAGCCUGCCCCUGGGCUGUUUCUUCAAUAUCUACGGCUUCGGGUCGCACUUCGAGGCGUUCUUCCCGGAGAGUGUGGAGUACACUCAGCAGACGAUGGACUCUGCUCUGGGGAAGGUGAAAGGAAUGGGAGCUGAUUUUGGAGGGACAGAGAUCCUGGAGCCACUGAAAGACAUUUACAGCAAAGCCUGCCGACCAGGACACCCCAGACAGCUGUUUGUCUUCACAGACGGAGAAGUAGGGAACACAAAGGAUGUCAUUAAUGAAGUCAAGAAGCAUGCUGGCACUCACAGGUGCUUCACGUUUGGGAUUGGAGAAGGAGCCUGCACAGCUCUGAUCAAAGGCAUGGCCCGGGCAGGAUCGGGUCACCCCGAGUUCAUUACAGGCAAGGACAGGAUGCAGCCCAAGGUGGUGCAGAGCCUGAGGUUCGCACUCCAGCCUGCUGUCAAUAACAUCGUCCUCAACUGGGACGUCCCGGCUGGACUGGAGGUUGUUCCUGUGUCCGAAACGCCAAAGGUCCUCUUCCGGGGUCAUAGGUCAAUCCUGUACGCGCAGCUCAAAGGAAAGUUUGAUGAGAGUGCGGUGGGUCUAGCGAGUCUUCAGUACAGUCUGGGAGACGAGCCCCACAAGACGGAGAUCAGCUUCAAACUGCAGUCGGACAAGCACACUGGGCUGACGACUCACCGCCUGGCCGCACGGACCCUGAUCUGCUCCCUGGAGGAAGGAGGGAGUGUGGAGGGAGAGGGUGGAGAUAAAGAGAAGGUGAAGGAGAAAGUGGUGAAGAUUAGCACCGAGGCCCGAGUCAUCUCAACACACACGGCCUUCAUCGCUGUGAACAAGGACCUGAAUCAGGCUGUGCAGGGGCCUCUGAUCCAGAGGAACAUGAGGCCACAAAUGAUGCAGUACUCCACAAUGAAGCGGAUGAAGAUGUCUAGUUGUGCCAUUGGCACUCCUCUAGGUAUCCAACCAAGGUUAAUGCAGCAGUGUAUGAUGUCUUCUCCAGGUAUCCAACGAAGGUUAAUGCAGCAGGGUAUGAUGUCUUCUCGAGGUAUCCAACCAAGGUUAAUGCAGCAGUGUAUGAUGUCUUCUCCAGGUAUCCAACCAAGGUUAAUGCAGCAGUGUAUGAUGUCUUCUCCAGGUAUGCAACGAAGGUUAAUGCAGAACUGUACGAUGUCUGCAGGUAUCCCACUAAUGGCAUUGCCGCAGUUUACGGGGUUACCUAAUACUGCUGUCAAUCAGUGUGGUGAAACUGGGCCAGAUAAAGAGGACCCCAUGCUAACACUGAUCUCCCUGCAGAAAGCUGAUGGCUCCUGGGAGCUCAACGAAUCACUCGUUUCUGUGUUUGAGAAGGAAGAGCAAGAAGCCAUCAGCAAAAUGCCAGCCGAGGUGAGUGACAGGGCCGUGUGGGCGACGGUGCUGGCGUUGCUAUGGCUACAUGGCUUCAAGGCGGAGCUAAAGGAGGAGUGGGAGUUCCUGGCAAUGAAAGCGCUCUCCUGGGUCAAAGCACAAGCAGGGGCCAGUUUGAAGCUGUGUCUGGAAGCAGGGAACCGUCUCCUUGGCUGCAAGGUGGAGCCGCAGACACUUGAUCUGUGACGGUCCAGACCUCAAAGAGUCUCAAUCAGCCUUCUAUACCCACUGCAGCAAGCCAGCUCCUGCUUUGAGCAGCACACUGAAUAUUUAGCUGUGUAGAAAUGCUAUAUCUGAUCACUCAAAUAGCCUCAAUCAGCCUUCUAUCUAGCGACCCACUCCACUUGUUCAGAAACAGCAAUUGUACUGGAGUGGAGGUCUGUGGGUAGAAAAAUGUUUGAUUUUUAGUGCAAUAACAUUAUACUAACAUACAGCGCCUUUUCAUUCAGUCCUUCUGUUUUAUUUUCAUAUGUUACUGAUAAUGGCUUAUCUAAAUAUUUUCUGAAUGUUUCUUAUGCUUGAACGUUUCACGUUAUGAAUAACAAAAUUACUUUUAUGCAUUUGAGAAUUUCUUGAAAAUAGACCAGGAAUUACUGCAUUUAACUAGAAAUCUCUUGAAAUUUCUAUCAGUUUUGUGGAAGUUAUUUUGUGUUGCUUAUAUUACUGUUUCAAAGCAAUGCUGUAAAUGAAGACGGUACUGAGGUUACUAAGCCUUUAAGUAAAUCUUAUUCUCAAAACAACAUACCAAAACCCUUACUGUGUUGCUCCUUUUACCAGACGUCUUUAUUUUCACUCAGUCAAAGCCACUUCCUUCCUGUGUUACAUGCAUUAGGGUCCCACUGGAGCAUUGUGUUCUGCUGCACACAGAGUAGGAACCUGGUGGUUGGGUCCUUUUGUGUGUAAACACAGGAAGGAGUGUUACAGUCUGGUGUUGUGACAUGACUAGAGGCAGUCCAAAUCUGUGGAUAAAGGAUGUCCUUUGCAGGCUCCCGCGGAAUGCUCAGUCUUCAUAAACAGACUGCUAAAGUGACCUGGAAUAUAGAACUUAGCUGGUCGGGUCUAAUUUUGUUAAAUGAACAGAUGUUUUAUCUCCUUUUGAAAAGUAGGAUUCAAUUAAAGGCUGGAGUUGAGGCUUUGAAAAUGUGGCCCAAUAAGAAGUCUCAUGUGAUGUGAUGUUUUUGUUUGACAGUUUCUAAAGAUUUUACUGACAGAAAUGCUUGCUAUAUUAAAAUGGAAGUACUUAACCCA